AAACACAAUACCGGUGAAAAUGAAUCCAGUAAUAGCCAUAGCGUUCGUCUUCAUAGGAUGCUGUAGUAACAUGAUAUUCCUUGAGUAUUUAAUCAGUGCUUUUCCAACAGCAGGGAAUCUAAUAACAUUCUCUCAGUUUUUAUUUAUUUCCUGUGAGGGCCUCAUCACUACUUCCAAGUUUUUUACAGUUAUCCCUAAGAUACCUCUCAGACAAUAUGUUGGCAUGGUGGUGUACUUUUUCCUUGUCCAGGUGGCAAACAAUGCAUCCUACAUGUUCCGUGUGUCUGUACCUCUACAAAUGAUAUUCAGAGCAGGUUCCAUGAUUCCCAGUUUGGUGCUAGGUGUACUAAUCCUGAAAAGAAAGUACUCAAGAGCCAAAUAUUUGUCAGUUGCCUUAGUUACAGCGGGUAUUGCCAUAUGUACAAUAGCCUCAGCUCAACAGGAGGUCAAACAUGUGCACGAGGAUAAGGAGCUGUCUAAAGACCCAGAGACAGAGGCAGAGAAUGUAUUCAAGGAUCUGGUGUUGUGGACUCUAGGUCUUGUGAUGUUGACAGUGGCCCUGUUCUUGACUGCAGGAAUGGGAAUCCUUCAGGAGAAGAUAUAUGGCCAGUACGGAAAACACCCCAAAGAGUCUCUCUUCUAUAAUCACUUCCUUCCUCUACCAGGAUUUGUAUUUUUAGCUUCUGACAUUGCUCAUCAUGUGACACUUUUUAAUCAAACAACCCCAGUGAGUUUAGGCCUGGGUUUUUCUGUCCCACAGAUGUGGCUCUUUCUUGCUGGCAAUAUACUUACCCAAUACAUCUGUAUACGGAGUGUGUUUAUCUUGACAACGGAGUGUACAGCUUUAACGGUCACAUUAAUAGUCACUUUAAGGAAGUUCGUCAGUUUGAUUCUAUCCAUAUUUUACUUCAACAAUCCUUUUACCUCGCUUCACUGGAUUGGAACUAUUUUCACCUUUAUUGGGGUCAUGCUGUUUACGGAAAUUGUCCAUAUACCAGGGCUUAUGCCUAAAAAGAAAACUGAAUAACUGAAGGAAGUAUUAAAUAAGUGUUACAAUCAGUUUUAGGUGAAUGUGUCAUUGAAUGUAUUUAUGAAUGGAAAACUUGUUAAAUUUUGUGUAGUUGUUUUGAGUUUUUAAAUUGGGGUUAUCAUUUAUGGUAUGCAUUAAAGGA